AUGAUCAACAUAAGGCCGCUCCGACAGACAGCCGCCUUCCUCCUCCUCCUCCUCCUUCUCCCUAUCGCAUCCUGCAAAGAUAAAGAUAAAGGUGAAGUCCUCCUCGACGAAUACCGGUCCAACACGGGGCCCCUAACUACGACAUUCACUGCCGACUCCACCUGCCUCUCCGAAAUCCGCACCAAAUACCCAUGGCCAGGCGCCUAUCCAGAACUCGAGGUCGGCUGCGAAGGUCCCGGUGGGAACGAGUGCUGUCCCGACCGCUGGGGCAAGAAUCGCUAUUAUAGCCCCGGCGUGUGUCCGGCUGGAUACAUUGCAUGUACGCUGCCGACGACGAGACAGCGCGACGAGACGACAAACCUAUGCUGCCCUUCGAACUUUGACUGCCCAACCCAAGUAAGCUACGACAUCUGCAGAAGCUCCCUCAACACCUGGCGCACAGCCGAAUACACGGACCGCAAUGGAGCCACCUCCAUAGCAAAAUUUAUGGCCGUCUCCGCCACGGCGAUCCAGAUCCGCUUCCGCCAGACUGACUCGUCCGUCGUGCCUAUCCCCACCGACUCGCUAAAGCUACCGCCGCCAAAGACCGAAGCGGAGAAGAAGGCGGAGGCAGGACUGAGCUCGGGGGCAAGGGCCGGUAUAGGUGUCGGUGUUAGCGUAGGCGUCAUCGCGCUCUUGGUCGUUGUUGUGCUUUAUAUCCGGAGGGGGGCGGCGAGGAGGCGAGAGGAAAGCCGACAGCAGGGAGCGAUGUUGUUGGGGACGGUGCCUGGUGAGCAGGACGAGGAAAGCGAGGCACCACCGCCAUAUUCGAAGAAGUAG